CAUACCAAAAGUCUCACGUCUCUGCAGAAAAAUUCAAUCUUGGCUUAGCAUUUCAAUUAUCUCGAGAUGGGCAGCGAAAAUCGUUGUGAAGAGAUUGAAAGCACGGAAGCUAUGUUGGAAUUAUCGUAUCUCUGCACAUUUCCAAUGGCAGCAAGAGCAGUAAUUUUGCUGAAGGUGCCUGAAAUUCUCUCGGCCGAGUCUUCUCCUCUGACGGCCAAGCAGAUCGCGGAUCGAAUCCCGGGAACCACCACCAGCGAAGCAAAACUAGAGCGUCUUCUACAGGCGCUUGCAACCUAUGGCCUAUUCGACGUCUCUGGUUCGAAUCCCCUGGCCUACGGUUUAAAUGCGAUGUCGAGACUUCUGGUGAAGGACAAGAACGGGCUAUCAAUGGCCUCCAUGUUUCUGCUUAACACGGAGCCUGCUAAUCUUGAGACGUUUCAGUUUCUUCACGAGGCUGUUCUGGAGGAGGGUUUGGUGCCCUUCGAGAAAGCCCACGGAAAGCCUGUGUUUCAGUAUAUGGGGGAGAAUAGCCAACUGGCCGAAAUAUUUCACUCUGCUAUGAGUAAUCUGUCGAUAAAGAGUGUGUUGCAGAGCUAUGAUGGAUUUAAGGAUGUGAAGGUUUUGGUGGACGUUGGGGGAGGAAUAGGGCGCAACUGUAGCAUGAUAAAAGCUGCUUAUCCUCACAUCUCUGCUGUUAAUUUCGACAUGCCAUAUGUCAUCGCCAAGGCUCCCAAGCUCCCAGGUAUAGAGCAUUGCGGAGGUAGCAUGUUCGAAUCUAUUCCUACUAUGGGGGAUGCAAUGCUUCUCAAGAAUGUGUUACAUAAUUGGGAUGACGUAGCAUGUGGUAGAAUUUUGAGCAACUGCUACUCAGCUUUACCAGGAUUUGGUAAGCUAGUUAUCAUUGAAAUAUUAAUUCCAAAGGAGAUAGACAUGAGUGCUAGAUCAAGGGUAGCUGUGAGCUUUGAUUUGGCCAUGAUGAAUAUUUUUAAAGGUGGUAAAGAACGCACUUUCCUACAAUUCCAAGAUUUAUUGAAGUUGGCUGGAUUUAAAGAUUCUAAGGUUGUAGUAAAUAAAGGUGUGUUCUCCAUCAUGGAAGCCUACAAAAUUUAGAGAGAGUUAAAGAACUAGUGACUUAAUAAGGAGACAUGUAUUGAAUUGUUGUAAUUUUAAGUUCAAUUUUAUUUAUUUGAUAUGAAAUUAAAGUCAGUGAUGUAUUUGUAUUA